UGCAGCGGUGCCAGUGGGUUCCGGGUCACACCGGCCGCAGAAACGGGAACCCGAGCGUGCAGGGAAUGCUGAUACAAAGCGGUGGCUGGGUGGCCCCUGCCUGGGGUGACACGUUGAGCUGGGAAAGACAUGCCAGGCAGAGCAGUCGGUGUCCUGAACAGCGGAGAUGGGCUCUUAAAGGGCGUUUGGGGAUUUCAUUGUGCAGUUUAGUCACAGCAGACUCAAGGGAUUGGGUUUCCCCUAUUUCACAGAAUCCCAGAAUGUCAGGGGCUGGAAGGGCCCUGGAAAGCUCAUCCAGUGCAAUCCCCCCAUGGAGCAGGAACACCCAGAUGAGGUUACACAGGAAGGUGUCCAGGCGGGUUGGAAUGUCUGCACAGAAGGAGACUCCACAACCCCCUGGGCAGCCUGGGCCAGGCUCUGCCACCCUCACCAGGAACAAGUUGCUUCUCAGAUUUAAGUGGAACCUCCUGUGUUCCAGUUUGCACCCAUUGCCCCUUGUCCUGUCACUGGUUGUCACCAGAAGAGCCUGGCUCCAUCCUCCUGACACUCCCCCUUUCCAUAUUGAUCCCCAGGAAUGAGUCCCCCCUCAGUGUCCUCUUGUCCAGCUCCAGAGCCCCAGCUCCCUCAGCCUUUCCUCACAUGGGAGAUGCUGGACUGGAUGAGCUUUCCAGGUCCCUUCCAACCUCUGACACUCUGGGAUUCUCUCGUUGAGCUUUGGCUCUUUGACAUCCCACCUGCACAGAGAUGUUGUCCUACACUCGACAGCUGCUUCGUGCCGUCUCAGGAGCGAGGAAGCGGUGCCAGAAGACGGAGGCAAAAUGCCCUGAAUCCGGAUGGAAAGCUCACAAAGAACCCGACCCGAAGCACGGGAGCCGAAAGCCCAUCAGCUCCCUCUGCUCCACCAGCUGCCGCUCACGUGCGGCCGCACGGUCCGGGGGCGCCGGGACGAGUUUCUUCCUCGCGCUCACCCCAAAAGCCAGAUCUGCCUCGUUAGAUUAUCGCCGGGGAACCGCAGCCAGAUGGUCGGCCAUCAGCUUCCAAGACGAAGAGCGGAGAGAUUUUAGUUCAAGUGCUUCCCGUUAUGUAACGGCACAGACACGGCAGCGGCUGUGGAAGAGUUGGUUUUGUUAUUUCUUUGGGUUUACUAAUAAUGAGGGAUUUACUAUUGGGUUUUUUCCCCAUCGCGGGUUUCUAAGAUCGGCACAAUCCACCCUUAGGUGCCCGUUGCUUUUUUCAUCAAAAAGAGGGGCGGAUGAUGAGUCUUUGAGUUCAGAACAUGACAGCUGCUCAGCCAGAUGUGUCCCCCAACCCUGCUCCCCAGGGGCCCUUUCAGGUGUGUUUGUCACAGGGGACAUGUCACACCGGGGUCGGGGAGCUGGGGGAGCGCAGGAGCCAAUGCCGACCUCACAGUGUCAGCAGGGAGCAUAUCAACACCCAGCACGGAGAUGGGAGACGGUGGCUUCUGCCCUGGGUGAUGUGGUUAAUGUCAGAGCUGGGGUCCCCAGCACAGGACACACAUGGGCCUGCUGGAGAGGGGCCAGAGGAGCCACAGGAAUGAUCCAAGGCUGGAACAGCUCUGCUGGGGGACAGGUGAGAGAGUUGGGGUGUUCAGCUGAGAAGAGAAGCUCCAGGGAGACCUUAGUGCGGCCUUUUUGUUCUUAAAAGGAGCCGAUCAGAAAGAUGGGGACAGACUUUUGAGCAGGGCCUGUUGUGACAGGACAAGGGGUGAUGGUUUGAAACUAAAGGAGGGAGAUUCAGGCUGGACAUGAGAAGGGAAUUGUUGGCCCUGAGGGUGGUGAGAGCCUGGCCCAGGUUGGCCAGAGAGGUGGUGGAUGAACCAUCCCUGGAGACAUCCCAGGUCAGGCUGGACGGGGCUCUGAGCAACCUGAGCUGGUGAAGAUGUCCCUGCUCAUGGCAGGGGGGGCACUGGGGGAGAUGGGAAAGUCCCUUCAACCCCGACAAGUCUACGAUUCUCUGGUUUUCUGGUUCUCUGAUAAAACCGGUGGGCUGGGAUCAGCAGAAGGAGUUUGAGGACAGUGGGACCAGUGCAGUGUCCAGACAGCCUGUGCUCCGCGUUCCGGGGCAGCUCCUCUCCCAGGCUGAGGAGCCGCUGAUGUGAUGUAGGAAGCCAAACAGGAGCUGAAGUUUGUGAUGGAGUAAAGAGGCCUCCUGGGACAUUGGGCUCCUCUGGGCACUGGAUUCUGCUGCUUCUUGUGGUUUUUGUGGUCCGGGGCAGCUGGCCAAGGAGCAGCUCCCAUGUGCCGGGCACGUCCAAGCCCUCUGUGGCUCCUCACCGUCCCCAGCCGCCCCGCACAGGCAGCGGUGCCGGGGCAGGACCUGCCCAAAGCGAGGGGUGAGCGUCCUGUGUGACCCCACGGCUGCAGAGUGGAGCUGGGCCAACCCAAACUCCUGGGGUUUGCCCUCUGGACCCUGGGGGCCCUGAAUAACUCAAGAUUCAGAAACAGCCCGUGCAUCUGGAAUAUUCCUGGCUCACUCAGUGCGCUGGUAUCCAGACACCAACCCGAAAUAGCUCCUCUCCGAGCUGCAUUGUGGUCGUGGCUGGUGGCAAAUCCGCGGCUACAAUCCAUAAGGGGUAUAGAGACGUCUUCACUGUGAUGGGCUCACAGCAUAGCGGGGAAAGCGGCGCUGUUUGCUCCAAGCCUUGCCCUGGCAGGGGAUGAAGCCGCGGCUGAGCAGGCUGUGAGGAUGGGGGUGUCUCCUGCCACCGCCUCCUCAGCCGGUGCUCACCCUGCUCUCACUGCCAUGGCCGGAGGCUCCUCCAGCACCUUCCCACCCAUGUGGGACAGAGCGAGUGGGUGAUGGUGAUUGUUUCAACAAUGGGCUUGACCCUUCCGGAACCAGGACAGGCCCCUGGUGGGCGCGGCAGCACCCAGGGAGCUCCUGGCAGCGCAGGGACCACAGGGACACGUGUGGCCCUGGAGCAUCUCGGGGAUGUCAGAGCAGCUCCAGCGCUGCCCCGUGCAGGCGUGGACUGGGCUGGGGGAGCCCUCUUGUGGCUGAUCAUAGAAUCAUAGAAUCAUUUUGGUUGGAAAAGCCCCUCAAGAUCACGGAGUCCAACCAUAACCCACCCCUGGCACUGCCCCAUGUCCUGAGAACCUCAUGUCCGUCUGUCCAGCCCUCCAGGGAUGGUGACUCCAGCACUGCCCUGGGCAGCCUGUUCAAUGCCCCACAGCCCUUUGGGGAAGAAAUUGUUCCCACAUCCAACCUCAACCUCCCCUGGCGCAACUUGAGGCCGUUUCCUCUGCUCCUGGCGCUUGUUCCUGGGGAGCAGAGCCCGACCCCCCUGGCUCCAAGCUCCUUUCAGGCAGUUCAGAGAUCAGAAGGUCUCCCCUCAGCUCCUGUUCUCCAGCUGAUGUGCCGGUUGGUCUGGCUGUGCCAAGCUGGACUCUGGCUCUGCCAGUUGGUCCAGUUGAGCUGAGCUUUGACACACCAGGCCUGGCUAAGCUUGGCCUGGGCUGGCCCCAUGACAAGAUGGUAUGUCCCUGUGGGGAGUGGGGGGACCCAUCCCUGGUCCCCAUGGGCAGCUGGGGACAUCUGCUGAGGGUUGCUCGCCCCUCUGUGAAGCCAGGACCCUGUACAGAGCUCACCCAGCCCAGAAUGUCCUCUGGGGACAGGGACCUGCCCGCGUGUCCCUGCAGUGGGACAGUAACGACUCUUGUGUCCCACAGAUGUGCAACAUCCCCAUGCUGGGACAGUGACUGGUGUGACUGGUGGGACAGGGACGGAGCCGUGUCCUCGCACUGGGGCAGGUGCAGGACUGAGCAGCUCGGUGGCGGGACACGGAGCAGCCACGUGUCACUGUGGCGAGGCAGGAUCCCCAGGGAGAGCGCGGUGGCACUCACCAUGUGCCAUCGUCUCCAUAUGGUGGGAUCCCCACUCAGACAAACAAGUCAGGAGAGUCCCAGCCUUUGGGGACAGGCCAGGGCGCAGUGGAGUCU